AUGGCUGACUGCACCGAGAAGUCUGUGUACGUUGCCAAACGCACCUUGAACCUGUGCAAGGAGCACAACAGCAACAGGGACGCUUUGCUGUUGCAAGCAUCGAAAGGUGCACCAGUAGAAGUGAUGGGCGUGAAGAUGGGUCUACGUGAAUAUUUAGAAGACAUGGAGUUGAAGGACCCUGGCGCAUUCAUGGAACAGUUGAAGGACUUCAGUCAGAAGUGUCUUGGCAGCAGCAGGUGGCAGGUGUGGAUCCUGUGGGUGCCGGUCACUGAAACGAAAGAAGAAAUCGGGUACGCCGACCAGCAGAGCUCUUUGAUGGCGCAGAUCGAGCAAAAAGUACCCACGGAGAAACAAAUGCAACAGCUCAAGGAAAAGAUGGGAACCUGGGGCGAGGACGAUGACAAUUUGUUUACCCGUCCGAGUCCCAGUGACCCCCAUCCUCGGCUUCAGCCGCAGCUGCAGCCGCAGCAGCCUGCUGUUGGCAUCAGCAACCGAAAGGGCAGGGGAUCAUCUGCCACUGCCGCCGCCCAAAGACCUCUUCCUGAAACAAUGCCAACUACAAGCAUGGCUAUCGAAGCGGCGAAGUUCAAAAAGAACACGGUCAAGGACCGGACCUUUGUGGAUUUGUCAAAGCAACUUUCUCUUGCUGAUUGGAAGCUUCGCAACAAGGAGUAUCAGGAGAUGCUGACUCAGGAUGGGUUCCUCACAGGUGAAAUUGGCGAUCAAAUUGACUCGUGCUUCACCUAUGGCUAUGUUGACUUUGUGAGAGCUGCAGGGGCCUUGGGUUUGUGGGCGCAAGGCUUGAGGUCAUGUGGCCACUUAGCACCAGCCUCGAGCAGCUACAAGCUCAUGUCGACUCUGCCACCUUCUCACUGCGUGAACAAUUCGAAAGCCAUGGAAAAGAUCAUCCGGGAUGAGAAGCUCCAUCAGAAGAAGGAAGAGGAACGGCUGAAGAAGCAGGAUGACAAGCCACUCGGCAAGAUCUUGACAAAGGAAAAGGAGCGAGAGGAAAAGAGAUUGAAGAAAGAGCAGGCUGCUGAAAGCAAGAAGAGAAAAGCUGCUGAGGCCGCUGAGGCCAAAAAGGCUGCGAAACCUUCAGGACGAAGAAGGAAGUCAAAGCGAGGUCAGCACGAAGACAGUGCAGCCAGUGAUGACCCAGCAGCAGAUGGAAGCAAAGCCAAGGCAGCCAAGGUUUCAAGGACAAGGGCAAAGGGAAGCUUUGAGGAGACGGACCCGCCAGUUUUGGUCAAAGGUUCUAUGUUCCCGGCUGCUUACCGCUUGGGGUUCUUCGAGUCCUUCAAUGACUUCCUGGACGAGGUGGUUUGCAACAAGCCUGCGGUGAUGCGCAACAAAAAAGGCUCAGUCAAAAAGGUUCUUGCAAAGAGCUUGAACAGGAAUGACCCACAGGAGGAGACCAAGGACUUCAUAACCCAAACAGCAAAAGCGUUUGGGGUGCAGCAAGCGAGUGCGAAGUCAGACUUGCAGAAGCAAGCAGCAAGCGGACCAGUUCGCAAAAACAAGACUGUACCGCAAGAGAAAGAGGUGGCCAUGUUUCUUGGCUUCGACCUGCUGCUCAAGGCCAAGCUGGUGGCACGCGGUGAUGGCCCUGGUGGAGAUGAUUCAGGUGAGGCCGGUGACACCGGUGAGCCUGAGAACCAGCCUUGGUUGCUGACCAACGCUGAAGCAAAGUCCUUGGACACCGUGAAGAACAAGAUCCUUGGUGCUUGCUGGACUUCGUUCGGACAGUCCAAUGUGUGUGCAGGCUUCUUCUCUACCGGCCUUGGUCACAUGUACUAUCAGCAAGAGGGAAACAAAGCUCUGUCUAUGAUGCAUUUUGGGCAUCUCUACGACGUAAAGCAGCAGGUGGACAAGAAGCUCGUUGCGAAUUCUGAUGAUGGUGGUGAUGGUGGCAGCUCAGAAGAUGGAAUCAGGCAAUUGACUGCAUGGUUCCAAAACUUGUCGCCGGAAACCGUGUCAUCGAUGGACACUGCAGAGCGCGGGCGGAUGAGCACCCUUCGCUACAUCUACUUGACCCCUGGUGACAUCUUGUUUGUACCUGCAGGGUACAUCAUGGUGGAGAAAUCAAUGAAUUCCAACAGCCUUGGCUUUCGCUUUCCGACCAUGCUCAUGCACGGCGAGGAGACAGAGACUUUGGACUUGCUGGAUGAGUUUGUCCCCAUGAACUCCCUCUUGAAAGGCUGGCAGAAGAUCCUUUGGACUGAAGAUCGAAAGAGCAUGGAGGGGUUGGAUGAUGCAGACCCAACUCAGCUGCCAUGCCUGGACUCUGACUCCGACGAGGAGGAAACCACUGGAAAGGUCAAGAAGGAGCAACAAGCCGAGUCCCAAAGUGACUUGGAAGAUGCCCUGGAAAAGCAGAUGGAACAAGACUAUCCGAAGGACUUUAGUGGACAAACAGCUGUGGCUUCGAAGGCUUCAAAGUCAAAGUCAAAGGCUUCAAACAAGAACUCUUCAAACCUGGCUCAGCUGGCUGGCAUGGCUGGAGAAGCUGACCCGAAGGCGAACAAGGAUCAGCAGCCUGAGGAGAAAGAGGAUCAGCACCAGGAGGAUGCAGAGCCGAAGAAGAACGCGGAUCAGCAGCCUGAGGAGAAAGAGGAUCAGCAACAAGAAGCUACAGGAGAAGCUGAGCUGAAGGCAAACAAGGAUCAGCAGCCUGCUGAGAAAGAGGAUCAGCAGCAGGAGGAUGCAGCAGGUGAGGCUGAGCCGAAGAAGAAAGCGGAUCAGCAGCCUGAGGAGAAAGAGGAUCAGCUGCAUGAAGGUGCAGGAGAAGCUGAGCCGAAGAAGAAAGCGGAUCAGCAGCCUGAGGAGAAAGAGGAUCAGCAGCAAGAGGAUGCAGGGGAAGCUGAGCCGAAGAAGAAAGCGGAUCAGCAGCCUGAGGAGAAAGAGGAUCAGCAGCAAGAGGAUGCAGAGCCGAAGAAGAACGCGGAUCAGCAGCCUGCUGAGAAAGAGGAUCAGCAGCAGGAGGCUGCAGGAGAAGCUGAGCCGAAGGCAAACAAGGAUCAGCAGCCUGAGGAGAAAGAGGAUCAGCACCAGGAGGAUGCAGAGCCGAAGAAGAACGCGGAUCAGCAGCCUGCUGAGAAAGAGGAUCAGCAGCAGGAGGCUGCAGGAGAAGCUGAGCCGAAGGCAAACAAGGAUCAGCAGCCUGAGGAGAAAGAGGAUCAGCACCAGGAGGAUGCAGAGCCGAAGAAGAAAGCGGAUCAGCAGCCUGAGGAGAAAGAGGAUCAGCACCAGGAGGAUGCAGAGCCGAAGAAGAACGCGGAUCAGCAGCCUGAGGAGAAAGAGGAUCAGCUGCAUGAAGGUGCGGGAGAAGCUGAGCCGAAGAAGAACGCGGAUCAGCAUGAGGAGAAAGAGGAUCAGCAGCAAGAGGAUGCAGGAGAAGCUGAGCAGAAGGAGAAAGAGCAGCCUGCUGCGCCGAAGGAGAAAGAGGAUCAGAAGCAAAAGGAAUGGAACUGGCGCAGUCGCCGCUCGGAGCAGCCGCAGAAGAAGACUGCGUCGGCGACUGCGAAAAAGAAGGACAGCCUUGAAGUUGAAGUUGAACUGCCAACAGUCAGUCAUUGA